AGAGAGAACAUCUGUCAUGUGUUUAUGCGAUAUGUCUGAUUUUUCUACGACACAUUUUCGAACAAUUAUCGAAUUUCUUGUGCUAGUAAGUGAAUAAACGAUCAAUGUGAAAAUGGCGCUAUGUUUGCGCACGUUUUCCCACAAAAUUUCACCUAUAAAUGGUAUUGUUUCCACAAAAAAUCAUUCCAGCCGAUUGUCUAGAAAAAUCCCCGUGCGGGCACAAUUUCUAGAAGAUUUCCUUAAUCGCCGGCGCAUCUCGAGCUGUCCAGCACCGUCAAGAUGUGCCGUAGACUCGAACAUAGACAAUCUUUACCUUCACGAAUUGACCACGGCGACUUCGCUUCGAGGUUACCGCGAGGAGCGGCCGGACCGCGAUGUGUACAACCGAUUCAGCUGCUAUAAAGACGGCAUAGCUGUGCGGUCUUUGGGGCUGACGUCGGAUGACUAUGUGGAGAACACCUUACCUUUUGAUUUUAAUGACACUCAUGAUAGUAUUAGAAAUAUAGAUUUAUCUAAAUUUGAAGAUAUAGAGUCACUGCAACCAACGUGUCUCUCCGCCUUCGAGUACAAUGCCGUGUACAGCACGGGAGGCACCCCAGCACCCGCACCCUCCGAGCAAGACAGAGAAGGGAAGCCCAGUGAGGAGCAGCUUGCCAAGGUUUUCCAUGUGUUGUCGGACACUAUGCCCAAGCUCUUCAUCAAGCCGCUGGACUACUCCAUAUACCAUCCCAAUCUGAUUUUUGUCAACAACAUCAGAGGAAUGACCACUGUAGGUCUAAUACAUUAUGUGAAACAAAUCGCGUUGCUGCGCACCGUGGGCCAUCUCAAGUUCGCGUACGUGCGCUUCGAAGUGAUGAAGAUCACCCAGCACCCGGAGGACUCUACUGUCAAGAUGAGGUGGCGUGUGCGCGGCAUCUCCGGGUUCAAAGUGUUCUUCAUGUUCUGGAAGUACAAGCUGUGGAACAUGAAGGAAGCCUUCGCUGAUCAGGAGCUAUGGUAUGACGGCUUCUCCACAUUCUACGUCGGAGGCGACGGCCUCAUCCAGAAACAUGUUGCUGAUAAGGUAAUGCCAGACCAGGACACGAUAAUAGACGACGAAGAGAAAGCACCAAUAGCAGCCAAGAUCGCCCUCCUCAUAGGCCUCAUACCCCGAAACUACCUAUCAGACGUCUCCCCAUACUUCACGGCGUCGCCGGGCACAGAUGAACUCACCGCGCUGCCUUUCAAGACGGUCGAGUAAUUUAUAUCUAGGGGCGAAUAAAAGUAGGCAAAUUAAGCUACAUUUCAAAAUAUUAGAGUAGAUUGUGCAGGCCAUUUUAACCCUUAAGCCAAUAUGGAUCGUGUCAUUUACGCGUGCGUAUUAAAGGAUAGAUUUGACAAAUCUGCGUAAUCGUGGAUGACAAGAACAGUGGCAACAGGAGAAUUAUGGUUCGAAAUCGAAUGACUAGAAAGGAAUGUCAAAUGGUUUAAGGGUUAAACCCAAUCACUUUGACCCAUUUGAGAAGUAUCUUGCAUUUUAAAAGAGCGGUUUAGAUGUAGCAGACCCAUUUUUGAAAUUGUAUAUUUAUAUAGCUUUAUAUAUAGCAUUUCAAAGCAACAUAGGGUCAAUACGGCUAAGCGUGACUGCGGGGUAAAUGUGGCUAGCCUCGGGGCCUGUUUACACCAAUCCUCGGAAACUGGUUUAAUUUCCAAACUGUUAUCAUGACUUGGCGCGAAACUUUUUAAUUACGAGUCCGUACGUAAAGCCGUUAUUUUUAAACGGGUUUUUAGGAGAACAUUUCCAUAGUUCUUGUCAGAUAUGCUGGUUUAGUACAAUUAAAACAGGUUUCUUCCUAUGUGGGUCUUUGUUUACCUGGCAAACCACCGAGCCGGACGGCCGUCUCGUCGCUUGUCGAAUAAACCGGUUCAUUUAGGUUACAAUAAAGUCCCAGCGUAAAACCAAAAUAAACCGCGCCUUGGUUUACACAUUGAUUCAAAAUCAAAAUCAAAACGUUUAUUCUGUAAAUAGGCUUAAGCUAGCACUUUCACAUGUCAUCUUAUAACUAUAUAUAUAUUCUAUUUUCACAUAAAUGCAUCCUUAUCUUCUAAGAAUUCCUUAAAAGUAUAAUAAGCUUUUUGUAAAAGCUGUCGUUUCACAAUUGACUUGAAUUUAUUCAUUGACAAUUUCGUUAAGUUACAUGGUAACUUAUUAUAAAAGCGCACACUGUUCCCCAUAAACGACAUAUUAUUUACUCCAUUUAAACGGAAUCUUGGAAUCACCAAUUUAUUUUUAUUUCUUGUAUUAUAAUUGUGUAUGUCACUAUUCAAUUUAAACAUGUCAAUAUUUUUUCUUACAUACAUAAUAUUUUCGUAAAUAUAUUGGGAAGCAUAAGCAACAGUGAGAAUAUUGAUUUCUUUAGAUUAGCGUUUAUUGCAAGUUCAUACACUUACGUUUAGUGACAAAUUUAUGAACUCGCAAUAAUCAGUCUAAUCACUAAUCAGUGUGGAAACAUUCUGAACGCCAGUUACAUUUAACCCGCAGUCACACUUCCCUGUCUCGGCCUGAAGUCUCAGUUACCUCAAAUGGCAGGGUAGAUUUUUUUGGCCGAACUCUCGAGUAUCAAAAAAGCACAGUAGAUUGCAAAGGCCCAUUUCUGAAAUGUCACAUGGUAUUUUAUCACGUGGCUUUAAGCCUUAAAGUAAAUUUUGCCGCUAAAUGUGUUACCUUUCGUAUUUUUAUGUAUAAAUAAUGUUGUUAAAAGCUUGUUUUAUUGUUUAAAGUGACUCGUAUCAGGUUUGCUUUAAAUACUUCUUUAUAAUACGAUUAUGCGGGGCCACACAGAGCGAGCACACGUGCGAGGCAAUUUCCUCGCGCGCAAAACUGCCAGUGUAGACGUGCCUCGGUAAAUUGCCUCGUGCGUAUGCUCGCUCUGUGUGGACCCGCCUAUUGUAAACGAAUUAACAAUUGUUAUUUGGUAUAUAAAUAAUAUGACGAACAAAAUAUCUCUUUGUAUAUUAUACGUGCGGAUUGACAAAAACACAAACAUUCGUGGUAUUCAUGAGUAAUAACUGUAAAUCAUUGUAUCUAUUUGAAUCACACUGUAUUAUACUGUUUUUUAUUAAUUUAUUAGAACAUACAUGUUGUUUUAAUGAUUCUCUGACAUUUACCCUCCUUAAGUAAAUUUUAAUAUUUUUUUUUGUAUUACUGUAUAUUUUUAUUAUUUACCCAAAAUUUACAUAGGUACAUACAUAGUUAAACAUCAUCUUACACGUCACAAAUCAUUAACAAGUUUUAGCUUAGCUUAACCUAAAUUAUGUGAAAACGUAUGUCAAAAAUUACUGUUGAAUUAGGAGGUAUCAAUGCAUAGGAUUAUAGAUUUUUUUACGCUACAAGUACCAAAUCCUGAUACAUAAAGCCCGAAAUAUAUAUUGGUCUACCCUCGAUAAGGCUACAGGAUGCAGGUAAAAGAUAGAAUGAGAUCGAAAUAAGGCUUGCUCUCUCUAACACAUAACUGAUCAUAUACUUGUUGAGAUUAGCCCAAUAUCUGCAUUGGGCUUUAGAAAUUAUAGAUGUUAUUAUUCGCUUACAUAAAUCACAUGAAUUUACAGAUAUUACACUCAAAAUUAUAUAAUGUAGCGUUAGUCCGCCGUAUGAAAAAUAUAUUGAGUACGGCCAACAAAAAUGCUAAAUAUCUUUUGUGCUUUGUCGUUUUGACUAGACUAACUAUGCCUUUUAAGUUUGAAAUUUAUUAUGAAAGGUUUCUAAAGUAUUAUUGUAGAUAACUUUCAUACUUAGUACGUUUUUGCUUACGGCGUUAGUGAUAGUAACUAAACUGUGAAUGCCUUGUAUCAACUUAAAUGAAGAGAUGUGAAACAAUAAACUAUUGCGUCAUUA